UCUUCUUCGUCUCACCCCUGACAAUCUACUUCCCGGUUGCCAUCAUUGGGCGGUUGUGAAGCCACGUGACAAAAAGCAAGCCAUCAACAACUGCAGCGCCAAAAUUCGAAAAACGUUUAUUUAAAAAAAAAAAAAAGAAAGACGCUUCGUGUCCAAAAUCGACUUUUAUUUCGCUACUAACGUGGGCGAGGUGCAGGAAUCCACCGAGGAGACGCGGCCGUCGCCGUAAUGUAAAGCAUACCUGUAGGACGCUUUGCACGACACGUUUAGCAUGAGACGGAGUCCGAGGAGACCCCUGAUCCUCAAAAGGCGAAAGUUGCCCUUCCACCAGAGCGACCCGCCCGGGAAUCCUCAUGCGUCCGUGGCCCGGGGAGAGCCAGCAAGUUCGUCCGCCCCGCGGCGCUUCCCGGACGGCAUACGGGUCCUGGAUCACCCCGUCUUCCCCGGCACGCAGGUGGUAUUCAUCCCCAAGACGGCCGAGCUGCGUAGCGUCAUCGAGGCGCUCACGAUCAAGGGCAAGGAGCGCGGCGUCCAGGGGCCCAACAAGUUCAUCCUCCUGGGCGACAGCGGCAGCCUGGACUUGGGCUCGCUGUGCCAGACCGAUGACGCCGCCGUCUUUCCAGCGAGCGCGGCGGGACAGCAAGCUUCUCAAAGCGCGACGUUCAAUGCGAUUGAACGAGUGAUCAAGAAAGAGGAUGUUCACCGUUUCGACGAAAGCCUCACCGACACGCAGCGGUUGGAGAGGAGCGACGCCCCGCGGCCGGGACCUGGCGACGACAAAUUCAAUAAGGAGAACCGGGCUGCAGUUGCCGUCUUAAAAGGAGGACCGAAUAUUCUGGAUUCUGCGCGUGAGCCGGCACGCGGCUCGCCAUCCGAGGCCCUCAAGACGGCGGCGGCCCCCAAGCCCUCCGGCGAUGGCCCAAAAGGGUCCACAUUCCACAAGCUGCCCUUCACCUACGUGGCCAUGAUCCAGUUUGCCAUCAACAGCACCAAGAACGGCCGCAUGACCCUGAAGGAGAUCUACAAGUGGUUGCAGGAGCACUUUCACUUCUUCAAGGAUGAGAACAAGCCGUGGUGGAAGAAUUCCAUCCGCCAUAAUCUCUCCCUCCAUGAAAUGUUUGUCCGAAAGCCAUCGCCCGAUCCAAAAGUUUCCUACUGGACCAUUCGGCCGGAGGCCAAUCGAGGCCUCACCUUGGAUCGGGUCUACACGCCUGGUUGUCACCCGGUGGCCUCCCCUUUUGCACCGCAAGCGCCAUCACCUCACCAACAGCAAACACCUUCUAGCCCCAAGAAACAGAAGAAGCCGAUGAAAGCUCUCCUCCCCCGAACGCCGUCCUACCUGGUCCCGGUCCAGCUCCCGGUGCAGCUCCCCCUCAGCCCCGCGGUGUGCGUGACCCCCACCUUCAUGUUGGCCCCUCCUCCGGCUCGCCAGGCACCCAGCAGCACCCCCAAAGCCAAAAGGAGCCGAGGGCCUCCAAAGGUGGCGCUUGCGAAGGACGAGUCUCCUCAAGCGAAGCUGAUAAAAGUGGAGCCGGAGUGCAGGAGCCCCAAGCCGCACACCAGAAAACAACAAGCCGGCAACUCCCGACGUAAGCAGAGUUUGGCGCGCUGGCAGCACGAAGAACCGCUCCUGAUGUGCUCGCAGGACUCGGAAGCGGACUCCGGCAUCGCCACCUUGUCCGCCUGCCCCGAUGCACAGGCCGACGUCCAGGAGUGGCGCCUGCACUCCUGCUGCGAGACCCCCGUAAAAGCGGCCCGCCACCUGGAUUCCUCCACGCCCAGCAAGCCGCUGCCCGACAACUGUGGGCAAAGCGCGCUAGACUUCAGCCCCAUCCGCACACCCGGCGGGCCGGCCCGCACGCCCAUGCGUGACUACACCACCUUCGGCCUCAACAGCGCCCCCUUUAAGGACUGGCCCCUGUUCUCUGACGCCUCCUCGCCCGACUGGCAGAGCGCCCGCUCCAGAGAGCUGCUCCCGGGCGGCGGCGGCGGCACCACCCCGCCAACCGCCAACCGCUCUCUGACCGAGGGCCUGGUGCUGGACACCAACAGCGACAGCCUGAGUAAGAUCCUGUUGGACUUCGGCCUGGACGAGGUCCUCGACGUGAGCUCGGCUGACGUCAGCCUGUCGGAGAUCAUCCAACACUUCAAGUAGUCCCGUAGCAUCCACUCGCACAACACACUGCAUACACAAACGGACAUGUGCGCAAAAUUCACUCUUGCGCGCUCACACAUACGUGCUCAAAACACACAAAGUGGUAGAAAGGUCACAGGCACGGUUUGGCACAUUCCCACUGUUGUUCCCAUUGUACCUUUUGCUAUGCUUAAGUCUCAAAAUCUUUCCGUGGAGCAUUUCAUUUAAUUUCACGUCCGCGCUUUGAAUGGCUUUUUUGUUCGGGUCCUUCAGGUGGUUCGCCCCCGUUGACGCUGUUGUUGUACGUUUGAAUCUGUGUUGAUUUGCACAUGUUUGUUAUUUAAGUCGAUGGUCAUUUGUCGCCUGCCAGUUUGCGGGUUUAAAAUGCGAUGAGGGUUGUUUGGCAAUAAGCUAUUUGAAAAGAAUAGCGCAAUAAGAAGCACUACUGUUACCGGCGUCGGGGUCGCGUUAGUACAAGAAGUUCAUGCCGUGACUCCGAGAAGCACAAUGGAAAUAUUCCUUCCUGCCAUCUUUGUUCCUAUUCUAUGCUGGGAGAAUAAAUAGAUUGUUUGU